ACUAUCGAACUAUCUAAGCAUUCGUAACAAUGGCACCACCGAAAUCUAGUGGAAAGGCUGCAGCGGUCAGCAAGUCCAGCGGCAAGGCGUCCAAGAACAUCGUCAAGGGCGACAAGAAGGCCAAGAAGAAGACCAAGCGUAAGGAGAGCUACGCCAUCUACAUCUACAAGGUGUUGAAGCAGGUCCACCCUGACACCGGUAUCUCGUCCAAGGCCAUGAGCAUCAUGAACAGCUUUGUCAACGACAUCUUCGAGCGUAUCGCCGCCGAAGCGUCCCGUCUGGCUCACUACAACAAGCGGUCUACGAUCACGUCCCGCGAGAUCCAGACCGCCGUUCGUCUGCUGCUGCCCGGGGAGUUGGCCAAGCACGCCGUGUCCGAGGGCACCAAGGCGGUCACCAAGUACACUAGCUCCAAGUAAAUGGUGCUGACGACUUCGUAAGCAGACAGUUUAAAAAACGGCCCUUUUAAGGGCCAACAAAUAUGUCUUGAAAGAGUUUUGGUUCAAAAAAAUUCGGCAUUAAAUGUGGUCAACCCGUAAAUUCCACCUGAACUAGAUUCCCAAUCUUAGAAAUUUGAUCCCACUCGAACUGGUCCAUUUGCUUCCCAAGCUUGUGUCUAACGUUGCAUUUAAAAUUCCUUAACAA